ACUUAAUGACAGCUCGAGGGUCAGGGCAGCAGCCAAGAGUCCGGCGCUCAGUUGCUUGUUAAAGAUGCUGCGGAACGGGUCUGUUGGGGCCUCCUCGCCUUCCAGUGACGCAGCCGCCGCCGCCGCCCGACCUGUGCGCGUCUGGUGCGACGGAUGCUAUGAUAUGGUGCAUUAUGGACACUCCAACCAGCUGCGCCAGGCUCAUGCAAUGGGGGAUUAUCUUAUUGUGGGAGUCCACACAGAUGAGGAAAUCUCCAAGCAUAAAGGUCCUCCUGUCUUCACACAAGAAGAGAGAUACAAAAUGGUGAAAGCCAUCAAGUGGGUAGAUGAGAUUGUGCCGGGAGCUCCUUAUGUUACAACACUAGAAACUCUGGAUAAAUACAACUGUGACUUCUGUGUACAUGGAAAUGACAUUACACUUACUGUGGAUGGCAAGGACACUUAUGAAGAAGUGAAGAAUGCUGGGAGAUACCGGGAAUGUCAACGCACUCAGGGAGUGUCCACCACAGAUCUGGUUGGCCGUAUGCUGCUCAUGACCAAGGCUCACCACAGUAAUAUUGAUGAAGAUAUGGAUUAUCGGAAGCACAAAGAUAACUUUGGGAAGGGUCCUAAAGGUCACAGCCCCUGGACUGGAGUUUCUCAGUUUCUGCAGACAUCCCAGAAGAUCAUCCAGUUUGCAUCUGGCAAAGAGCCCCAACCAGGGGACACCAUCAUCUAUGUGGCUGGGGCCUUUGACCUCUUCCACAUUGGUCAUGUGGAUUUUCUGGAGAAAGUGCCCAAGUUGGCAGAGCGACCAUAUAUCAUUGUGGGGCUGCAUUUUGACCAGGAGGUGAAUCUAUACAAAGGCAAGAAUUAUCCCAUCAUGAAUGUGCAUGAACGAACUCUCAGUGUUCUGGCUUGCAGGUAUGUUUCUGAGGUGGUGAUUGGAGCACCUUAUGCAGUCUCUGCUGAUCUGCUGGAUCAUUUUAAGGUUGAUCUUGUAUGCCAUGGGAUGACUGAGGUGGUACCAGACAGGGAUGGGUCAGACCCAUAUGAGGAACCUAAGAGACGUGGUAUCUUCAGGCUGGUGGACAGUGGCAACAACCUCACCACAGAUCUGAUAGUGGAACGAAUAAUUAAGAACAGGUUGGAGUUUGAAGCCCGAAACCAGAAGAAAGAAGCAAAGGAACUGGCUGUGCUGGAAGCCAUGCAAAGAAGAGAGGAGGCCAAACAGAAGGCAGCUGUACCAGGCCAGGAAGACCAUGAGAGCUAACAUGGGGAGGAGUGCGGCAGAAUCCUCCCCUCCUGCAGCUGCAAAAUUUUCCUGGAGGACAGGAUACAGCUGCCAGGAGCAGUAAGGCCUGUGGUCAUAAUCCUCCUGGUUUCCAGUGCACCAACUGCAUUUGGGUAUCCAGGGUGCUGCUGCUAGUCAGCCCAGGCCAACUUCCCAUUGGAAGAUUUUUAACAUUUUCCUCCCAAUAACAGUUUUUAAAUCCAAUUAAGAUAACACUGUGUGGUUUUACCUUCUGACAUAUCGGAGCUGGGGAGUGGGGUCAUCUCUGCUCAUCUUUUUGACUCUUUACCUUUUACAGCAUCCCUCUAAUUUCUGUCUGUCAGAGACAAUUUGGUAACCUUUAAAGUUGUCCUUCCUGGCCUGGCUCAUUGCCUAAAGCACUGGUGGGGUACUCACUGGUGUUGGGCCAGAUGCCCUUGGGCAUUUACUGGAUACAAAGAGAAAAAGCAGUUUAGAGCCAGUCCACUACGGUUUCCACUGCCUUGCAUUUGGUACGUUUCCAGCCUGUUACCAUGGAUGGAGAUUAGACAGCUCCAGGCUUCCCCACUGACAGACUGCGUCCUGCCUCUUCUGCACUCAGGCCAUGUUUGUUGAUUAGGUUGUCAGCUAAGCAACAGAAGGAUGGGGCUAAACUGCCAUAUAUUGCCACAGCGUUAAAAGUUUGGUAUAAAUAUUCUGGAGAUCUCACUGGGGCUAGAGCUGCUUCCUACAGCCUUGAUACAGUGGGCACCUGACACUCUUCCACACUGGCCUUGGCAUUCUUUCAUAGUGGGACUGAGCUCAGCACACUAUCCAUAAUAUUUAAAUGCUUUGUACUACCAAGCUGGAUGUCAUUUGACUGAGGCCCCCCUUUUCAUACAUUGCAGGGAGCACAUUGGGGUUAUGUGUGAAGAUCAAGUUGUUUUGUUCUCUGGCAAGCUUUUUUCUAUCAAUCUUGUAUAUUUUAAGCAGUGGAAAUUAAUAAAAGGUUGAUAACUUGUGUCUCAGUAACGAUUAUUAACUUGAGAAGGAUUAAGAAGAUGACUUUUAGUCUAACCAUCUGAGAAAGAUGAGGGUUCCUAGGAAAGAGAGUUGUCUGUAUUUGUGAUACACUAACUGGUGACUAGGCUUCCGCUUCCAUUUGGGGGGUGAAAUGUGGUGGUGUUUCGUUGUCAUGUCUGUGAGGCAGGUCUCUGAACUAAUCCCCAGGUAGUGUGACAUCUCCUACAGGAUUUUUUACUAGUAUCAGUCAGCACAGAAAGUACCUGUCAUUACAGAGACAGUUUAAUCUUUAAGGUGAGCACAGAGGAGUUUUCUAGGGAUAACCCUUUACCAGAGAAAGGGAAUCAACAAAAGUGGCCAGAUUCUCUUCUACGGGGGAAGAGGAAAGAAUCAGAAUCCCAGGUCAAGCCUAUAAUGGCUGGGGUCUUAACAAGAUCAGAGAGGAGAGCAAUUUCCCAAAAAUAUUUACUUAACUGAACUGCAGAGGACAGCAAAUUUGGUUGUCACAGAGUUUAUUUUUAUUUACUUAAUCUGAGAGUUGGAAGGGACCUCCAGGGGCAUCUAGUCCACCCCUGCCAAUGCAGGAAUUAGUUAUAAUAUUCCUGACAAACAGGUGUCCAAUUGAUACUUAAAAACUUCCAGUGAUGAAGAAUCUACCACUUCACGAGGGAGACUGUUCCAGUGUCAAACAUACUGCACCAUAAGAAAAUUCUUCUUCAAAUUUAAAUGAACCAUCCUUUGCUGUAGUUUAUAUCUAUUAGUCUGAGUCCUGUCAUCCAACACAACUGAGAACACAGCCAUCCCUUUACCCUUCACAUUGCAACCCUGUAGGUAUUGGAAGGCGGUAAACCUAUCAGGUUGCAAGCAUUUCUUCUCCAACAUAAAUUCCCAACUCCCAUAGGACACAGUCUCCAAACCCUUCAUCAGUUUUGUCGCCCUACACUGGACUCUUUCCAGCUUAUCGACAUCCUUCUUAAACUGUGGUGCCCAAAACUGAACACAGUACUUCAGGUGAAGGCUAAUCAAGGCAGUGUACAAAGGCAGGAAUACCUCACUAUUUGCUAAUGCAGCCUAAAAUCACAUUAGCCUUUUUUACCAGUUCAUCACACUGUGAUCCAUUAAAACCCCAAAUCCUUGUCAUGGGUCAUUCUACCCAGCCAGGUUUCAUUCAUUCAAUAUUUAUAUGAUUUUUAUUACCCAAGCGCAACACUUUACACUUGUUCCUAUCAAAAUGCAUUUUAUUUGCCUGGGCCCAAUCCUCCAUCCUAUCCAAGUCCAGCUGCAUCCUAUUCCUAUCUCCCAAAGUAUCAACUACCUCACCUACUUUAGUAUCAUCUGCAAACCUGAUGAGUGCAUUCUGUAUUCCCUCAUCUAAGUCAUUUAUAAAGAUGUUAAACAUUGCUGGGCCCAAAACAGAACCCUGAGGCACCCUACUAGUCAUGUCCCACGAACUAUCACCCCUUGAGUACAAUCUACCAACCAGGCCUUGAUCCACCUCACAGUAAGAGGGUCUCGAAUCCAUAUCUCACCAACUUCUCCACAAGAACAUCAUGUGGCAUCAUGUCAAAAGCUUUGCUAAAAUCCCAACAGACCUCAUCCAGAGCAUUUCACUGAUCUACCAAACCAGUAACUUUAUCAAAAAAAGAAAUCAGAUUGAUCUGACAGAACUUACUCCUAAGAAAGCCAUGCUGAAAUUUAAUGAUGAAGCCAUAUCUCUGCAAAUGUUCACAAAUAGACCCCUUAAUAAUCUGUUCUAAAAUCUUCCCCGGUAACAAUGUCAAAAUAACUGGCCAAUAAUUCACCUUUUCCCUUUCUUAAAAACAGACACAUUACCGUUUUCCAGUUCCAUAGUACCUCCUCCGUCCUAUAAGAUUUUUCAAAAAUUAGAGAAAGAUUUCUUAUAACACUCUUGGAUCCACAAAAAUGGAUACAGUAUGUAAUGGAACAUAUUGAAGAAUUUGGCCCCUUUUCAGGAUAUAAAGUAAACAGAAGACAAAAAUUAUAACAAAAUUCUAAACACAACAAGAAGAUGGAAUUAUUGGCCGAAUCUGCAUACACAAUUAGAAUCAGCCCCAUGCUGCUGUUAAGUAUGGUUGUUUAAAGAUGCUACUGUUCUAGUUUCAAGUUAGCAUUGAUUGAUUAUAUAGCAGCCACUGAUUCUAUUAAAUAUCUGAGGAUAAAUGUGACUGGAAAAAACUGUUAUCUCUUCAGAAAUAACUAUCAGAAUACCUGGAAAUUGAUACAAGCAGAAGGGGAAA